AUGUUAGGGCUGAGGUUCUCCCGAGUGGUCGAUAUCGAACCCUGGGGGUCGAUGGGACUAUCCAAGGGGGUCGGUCGAUACACGCCUGGGGGUCAGAAGGAGGUCGAUACACGCUGGGGCCUAACUAGAACAUUCGUAGACGACAUAGAUGUGGACAGUGGGCGGGUGUUCGCACAACAAUUAUCAAUGGUCGAGCCGCGCGUGGCGGGUAUCAGCAAUCAAUUAGUGGCGGGCAGCAUGAAGCCGCAGCUCCAGACCGUGGCUGUUGAGGAAUCCGUCGUCAUGCCAGAAGACUCCUCCAGGAAUACAGGAUGGUUCUCCAGUCCCCUGCUGUUCUUAUCUUUAGAAGCAUCCACAAAUGGCAGUGAAAUGAAACUUUGUAUUGAGGGUGGACAAGAGUUAACUCCAACAGAGUCGCAGUCAAAGAGAAGUAGUCUACCGACCCCAGCGGGUAGCUACACUGAUGUAACCCUGGCAUGCGAGGGCAAGUUCUACCCCGUCCAUAAACUGGUUCUAUCAACUUGUAGUGAAUACUUUAGUGACAUUUUUGACCGCACGCCAUGCAAAAACCCGGUUGUAGUUCUUAAGGACAUACAGUGUCGUGAUCUAGAGUUCUUGCUAGACUAUAUGUACAUAGGUGAAGUGAAUGUGAGACAGAAUGAACUCUCAUCCCUCAUAAAGGCUGCCGAGUGUCUCAGAGUGAAAGGUUUAGCUGUGCCAGAUGAAGAACCUAAGCAGGCAACAGUGGCCACCACCAAUACCACCACCACCAACAACAACAGUGGGUUUUCUGGGACGAGGCAGCGGCCAGUGGAGCAGCAACAGCAGCAACAACAGCAGCAGCAGCAGCAGCAGCAGCAACAACAGCAGCUUGGUGAACGCAGCAGUAGCCCCCCGGCCAAGAGGCGAAAGGGGGAUGAGCGGAGAUCUAGCAACCCUCCCCCGGAAGCCGAACCAAGUACCGUGGUGCCGCUUGUCGACCGACCCCUGGAAGACAAGCCCAGCGAUGAGCCGUGCUUACCUCAACCCCCACAGGAGUCAGAAGUGGCAGCCGGUGAGGCAGAAGGAGAAGCUAUGGAGCCGCCACCACUACCUCACAUAAAAAUAGAACAGGACCUCGAAUACCAGGAUAACUACGACAUCCCCUUGAACUCCAACCCUUCAAGCUUUGACGGCGAGCCUUAUGCAGGAGAGUCUGAAGAUGGAGUUCGGACAAAGGUGGAAGGAAAAGACAAUGGAAAUGUUAUGGAUGAUGACUUAGGAGCUAAUUUCUCUGACAUGCUACAGUCAACUCUAACAAGUGAAGAAAACAUGGAACAUCACUCAGGAAUCCAUCCACAUGUAAAUUUAGAGUCGUGGGAUGGUGUAUCGGGCGCGAGAGCUCUGCCGGGACACAACCUGUCUGCUGCAACCGUUUCCCACACUCCCUUGGCACACCACCAACAACAGAAGUACCCAGCCACUGGGGACCUCCUCUGUCCCAUCUGCGGAAGAGCAAGCAGCCGCCGCGACAACUUGGAAAGACACAUCCGCAGCCACCUGGGGGACAAGCCUUUCAAGUGCCCUUUCUGCUCCUUCCGCUCGCAGCUCAAGUGGAACAUGAAGUCGCACAUUGAGCGAAGACAUCCCCAGUCGUGCCAGCCCCCCCCACCACAAUGACGUCCCCACUGAGAGCUAUGGGCUUGGAGGCAGGGCAGGGCUGUCUCGCUUGUUACCAGUGUCUGUUUUUUUUUUUUCCCCCCCCCCUUGUUAUUAGGGAAUCUUGUGAUAUUUUUUCUCCACUUUUUAAAAGUUUUUUUUUUUUUUUUCUUUUUUUUAAGGUUGUUAAGUGGCAAGUUUGCAUUAGUGUGAGAGUUGCAAGCACCCUUUCUUUCUCUUCCCUUGCUUGCCUUCCUUCAUUUCUUUUUU